GAUUAAUCAUUAAAAACUUUCUUGCAUGCCACAAAAGAUUUAAAUCGGGCUGAUAUUUGUGUUUGACCUUACUAACAAGAGGCAAAUAAAUAUUAAGGUGGAGCUGGGAAGUUUUUAAUGGUGGGCGAUUGUUUCUUGUGCUGUGAUUCAUAUGAGAUUUGAUUUGCUUGAAUUUGACAUGAAAUCCUUCUUAUAAACGAAUCUCUUUCCAAAAGGUGGCAUGAUUUUUAUGUGGUCCAAAGCAGAUCCUGCACAGUGUAGGCUUCUUAGCAGCAGAUGUUUUCGAUGAUGACUAGUUCAGGUGCAGGUUGAAAAUGGACCCCUUGGUUAAUCGAGAUCCGGCUGUAAUGAAUAGGGAGUGGAUGACACUAAGUUUCCCAGACCCACGUUUUAUUUCUGGAAUAAGAAGUUUUUCAAAGUUUGCACAAGAAAACCUUCCUGGUAGAGAAUCCGUUCCUUGUCCAUGCACCACUUGCAGAUGUGCACGUUUUCCGGUUUCUUAUGAUGAUAUGGAAAUACAUCUAAUGAAAAAUGGAUUCGACCCAAGCUAUAGGGUUUGGAACAUGCAUGGGGAGCAUGUAUCACCUAAGUGUCCUGUACGUGAAUCAAGUUCCCAACAAUACCAUAGUGUCCCGAACUUAAAUGAGGUUCACAACGCGAUGACCGGCGUGGAUGAUGCCCUGACAGAGUUGAUUGGUUCUGACAAUAGAGGGCGAAUGCGGGGUCUAGGUUGCUCGAUAAGCAAGAUAGGACUGAAGAAGUCAGCCCCUGCUCGUUCAAAGGUAGAGAAUGUGAUAAAAGAAAAAGAGAGCGUAACUCAAGAGUUAUUUAAGGUGAAGAAAACAUUGGUUGAUAUAAAGGCCUGGGUGGAUAUGCAAAAAGAGGGACUGUAUAAUCAAAAUCUCCCAUCACCACCAGCUACUAAAUCUACUCAGGCAUCGUCGCCGGAUAUUAUAUAUAUCGGUAAGAGAUGCGACUUGCUUGGUUUUGAAAAACGUGGUGUAGUUGCUCAUGGUCAAGUACACGAAGUUAAUCCAAAUGCAAUUGUCCAUUGCGAACCGUUGGAGGAUAGAGCUUUUGUUGUUGUCCUGACUGAGGUUAUACAACCCGGCGCUCCUUUGUGGAAAGAAGAUGGGCUCACAUCUACACUUGGAGAGGCCGGUCUGGGAUCAUUUGUGCAAUGGGGGAAUGAGUCUUUGAGAAUUCAAUAAUU